CCUUCCGUUUCCAUGCUGCUUUUGCGUCAGCGCCGUCUGGGUCUCCUGUGAUCACAGGCUGUGAUGGCGGAGGUGGACGACUCCGACAUCAUGAUGAACUACCAGGGUGAUUUCUUAAAAAGCGGCAGAAAAAGCUGCCGCUACCCGUACUGCAUUGUCUGGACACCUAUUCCAAUUUUAUCGUGGGUGCUUCCCUUUAUUGGUCACAUGGGCAUCUGCACCUCUUCAGGGGUCAUACGAGACUUUGCGGGAUCAUACUUUGUCUCGGAGGACAACAUGGGGUUUGGUCGACCCACAAAAUAUUGGAGGCUUGAUGUGGAUAAAGUCUGUGGUAAUGGUGCAGCUACGUGGGACCAAGCAGUGCACGAUGCAUCUGAGGAAUACAAAUGCAGGCUGCAUAACCUGUGCUUGGAUAACUGUCAUUCCCACGUUGCUAUGGCUUUAAACCUCAUGCGGUACGACAACAGCACAUCCUGGAACAUGGUGAACCUCUGUGUGCUGUCCUUCAUUCAUGGGAAACAUGUGAGCUGGGCAGCGGUCCUGAAGACCUGGCUCCCCUUCGUCAUGCUCUGCGGGGUCCUUGCCACGGUCAUCUUGACGCUGAACCUGCAGUAAUACAGCGAGCGGCACCAGGAGAGGGCUGUGCUUAUACUGCAUACAUUGU